AUGAUCCUCGGCAGCCUGAGCCGGGCGGGGCCCCUCCCUCUGCUUCGGCAGACCCCCAUCAUGCAGCCCCCGCUGGACCUCAAGCAAAUCCUGCCAUUCCCCCUGGAGCCGGCCCCCACCCUGGGCCUCUAUGGCAACUACAGCACCAUGGACCCCGUACAGAAGGCUGUGCUUUCCCACACUUUUGGGGGACCCUUGCUCAAGACUAAGAGGCCCAUCAUUUCCUGUAAUGUCUGUCAGAUCCGCUUCAAUUCUCAGAGCCAGGCCGAGGCACACUACAAGGGUAAUCGCCACGCCCGGAGAGUCAAAGGCAUUGAGGCUGCCAAGACCCGAGGCAGGGAGCCUGGCAUCCGGGAACCUGGAGACACGGCUCCCACAGGCAGCACCCCCCCAAAUGGAGAGGGGGUAGCCCCCCGCCCAGUUUCCAUGGAGAACGGACAGGGUCCAGCCCCAGGAUCCCCAGAGAAACAGCCUGGCUCCCCGUCCCCUCCCAGCGUUCCGGAGACUGGUCAGGGGGCACUCAAAGGUGAAGCGGGGCCUCCAGCUUCAGCUUCAUCAGCCUCCCUGCCUGGGGGCAGCAAGGAAGAGGAGGAGAAGGCCAAGCGGCUGCUCUACUGUGCUCUGUGCAAGGUGGCGGUGAACUCCCUGUCCCAGCUGGAGGCACAUAACAAAGGUACUAAGCACAAGACAAUUCUGGAGGCCCGAAGUGGGCUGGGCCCCAUCAAAGCUUAUCCUCGCCUGGGGCCUACCACCCCUGGGGAACCAGAGGCCCCUGCCCAGGACCGAACCUUUCACUGUGAGAUCUGCAACGUCAAGGUCAACUCGGAGGUCCAACUGAAACAGCACAUUUCCAGCCGCCGGCACCGAGAUGGCGUGGCCGGGAAGCCCAACCCGCUCCUGAGCCGCCACAAGAAGCCGAGGGGCGCCGCGGAGCUGGCGAGCACGCUGACUUUCUCCAAGGAGCUGCCCAAGUCCCUGGCCGGCGGCCUGCUCCCCAGCCCCCUGGCGGUGGCUGCGGUGAUGGCAGCGGCGGCAGGCUCUCCGCUGUCCCUGCGCCCAGCUCCCGCAGCGCCUCUCCUCCAGGGACCGCCCAUCACCCACCCCUUGCUCCACCCGGCCCCUGGGCCCAUCCGAACGGCGCAUGGACCCAUUCUAUUCUCCCCCUACUGA